AUGUUUGGUGGAGGUCAACAAAGACCACCGUCAAUCGGAAACAGCGGAGUUCCUCCCUACUGUGUGAAAACGAUAGGUUCCCGGCACAUUUUGAUUGGUGGCGGCGGAGGUGCGUCUAAAACUGGAGUAAAAAACGAAAUCGAAACUCGUCUUUUUACCACCGAAAAUGCGAGCAGAGAUGUUGGAUUCCAGUCGCAGUGUGUUCACACCGUCGAUACUGGUUCCAUGGCCACUAUGAACAUGGACGUCGCAUAUUUAGUGGACGAAAUUAAUGCAAGAUAUGUCAUAGUUGCUGGCCAAGACGAUCAAUGUGACUUAUACAUGACACGGGGAUUCAAACUGAAUGAGCUCGAAAAUGACAGUUUAUGCUUUGAAAUCAAACAAGUUGGUCAAGUAAAAACCGACUUUCAUCCAACCUUCUCCUAUCAGAAGUGCGUUCGAUUUGAUAAAAAUUCUCGAGGGAAAAUCUUUGCAACUGGUGGAGCAGAUGGAUUCAUUCGAAAAUGGGAUGCUCAGAUUGUUUCGCGGUCAGAUGAUGGAAAUGCGCAGCCAAUUUUUCAAGUACAAGCUUACGAAUCCUCCGUGGAUGACAUUGAUUUCUCUAAUGAUUCGAAGUUUAUAAUCUCGGUUGGCUCAGAAGGUACAUUCAUUUGGAGUGCGGAAACUGGAGAGAAACUUUAUGAUGUAAAAUUUCCAAUCGAAAUUGCAAGGGGAUUUAAGAUGCGAUCUGUUCGAUGCACACCUCUUGGAAACGCUAAUGGAAACAUGGUUUUUGUAGCUGCAUAUAAUUCCAUUUCGAAAAAAGAUAAUGUUUGUUGUUGCUACUUAUCAUUGUGGACGUUCAACGGCGAGAGGAGAGUAGCUAGACCGAUUGUCACAAAGUUGGUUGCUAAAAAAGAAUCCAUUUCCACUCUGUCAGUAUCCGAUUGUGGAAAUUUCACAGCUAUUGGAACUAUGACAGGAGGUGCUGGAGUGUUUGACACUCAUGAAUUUCGUCGAAUGUAUUUUGCUCCUAAUUCUCAUGAAGUGUUUAUCACUGGAGUCGAAUUUCUCUCCAAAAAAUCGCCACAGAUUUGUGAAAACUUUCCCAGAGAAACACCUGGAAUCUCGUCUGGAUUCCAUUCUGCUAUCGUAACGUUGGCUGCUGACAAAACGUUACAACUUCAUCGUGUACCACACCCACAACCUCAGCCGUUCAGUGAAUUUUUGCUUAUCAUAUCACUUAUGAGUUUUGUUUUUUCAUGGUUUUCCUCUUAUUUAAUUGUUUCCUAA